GUACGGCUGGAUUUCGACGAUCGGCCGACCGCUCCUCUCGUAGAGACAGUCAGUCGUUUCGAGACUGCCGAGUUGACCGGGUGUCGUCGAGAGAGCCUCUUCGUAGAGAGCCGCGUCGGUUCGCGCUGUGUGUCACUUCCCCCAGCUGCCGCUUCUUCUGUCUCUGUCUGCCUCCCUUCCGUUCUCUCCUCACGUUCUCUCUUUCUCUCUCUCUCUCUCUCUCUCUCUCUCUCUCUCUCUCUCUCUCUCUCUCUCCCCCCCACCUUCUUUCUCUCUGUCUCUCUUUCGACCCGUCCCCUCGCCCUUUCCUUUGUGAACCUACCCCAUCGUGAUCACGGUUCAGCCGGCGACCAGGACUAUGGCAGGCACGAUCACCACGGGUAUUCUACUGCUGGCGGCGACCCAAGCCGUCAUGUGCAACGUCGUCUCGCCGGAGCCGAGGAACUUCUUCCCCGACGUCAAAGGCAAUCUCACGAAGAUCGUCUGGGCGCACGCCGUUAACAGCAAAGCGGAACUGGAGGCGGCACUCUCGUCAGACGACAUCAUGAUGCUGGAGGCCGACGUCGUGUUAGGCAAGCUUAACGAAACCGACAACAGCAGCAUCGCCGAGAUCCCGAUAAUGGCGCAUCCACCGAGCAAGGAGAGCGACCUGUCGCUCGAGGAGUUCCUCAACAGCACCAUCCAGAAUAAUGGCACCAAGGGAAUCAAGCUGGACUUCAAGACUAUCCAGGCGUUCGAGAAAAGCAGACCGAUCCUCACCAAGUUGCGUGCCAACUUGAAGUUCCCGGUCUUCAUCAACGCGGAUAUUUUUUCCGGGUCGGUGAACGCCACUGCUAUUCCGGUUAACGCCAAGGAUUUCCUGGAGGGCGCCGUGGAGACCAUUCCAGAGUGUACCCUCUCCGUCGGCUGGACGACCAGAUACGGGAAGGAGUACAACAUCACCGAGGGUCGAUAUACUCCGGAGCAGAUCAAGAUGAUGACCGACGUGCUCGCGGAGAAGCAGAUCAAACAGUCGGUAACUUAUCCUGUACGAGCCGGCCUCGCGGCGAACGAUAUCGAAACCGUGAAGGUAUUGCUGAAGAACACGACGUCCGACAACGCGACACUGACCAUCUGGUCGUCGGAGGGCGAUUCCGUCAACGUCGCGCAGCUUUCGAAGCUGAUCCAGGACGUGGGCAUCGACAAAGUCUACGUAGACGUGCCCGAAGACCUGAAGAAGCAACUGGACCUAUCGGGCGCAUCCGUGCUGGGUUCCGCGACGAUGUUGGCGAUGAGCGCGGCGUUAGGGGUACUGUUACUGUCCAUGAGAAUGCUGUGAAGCUGAAACGCGGACGAUCGAAACGGACGUAGAGUCGCGGCGGGAUUCGGGAGAGGGGUUUCGACCCUUCGAUCCUUCGACUCUCGAUCAAGAAACGAAAGUACGAGCAUACCACGAGGUGUCCGAUAACGAUCGCGCGUCGUGAAUGUAGCCACUCUAUCGCCGUGGCGAUCGCUCGAUCGGGUCUUCGGUCCCGUUCGUCGACUUCGCGGACGUACGUCUUCGAGAUAUCCGGCUGAUCGCAGCGGACGCGCGCGAUUCCCACAGCGAGACGUUUUCCACUUCGUGAGAUUUCUUCUGGCCGAUGCAAAAAUAAAACAACAAAAGGACAAAUUGCCCGCAUCCCCACCAUUUGUACUUAAAUUGAUUGUCAGACAAAAAAAAAGGAAAAGGAGAACCCGCGUUCUGUGACUUCCCUCUCUUUUGACAGACUUCAAGGUGCAGCGGCCUUGACUGUCGACUCUGCAAUAUAUAUCGCCGGAAACCAUUCGCGUUCAUGCAGGUAGACCCGCGUUCCGAUCAGUCGCGUAUCGAGAGUGUAAACUUUAAUACCGAUGUAGAAACUAGCAAAAGUCACACCAAUCGUUAAUCGAUGUCGAGACAUUUCUUAAUAUCGUAUUGUAUUUAUAAGUAAGGAACAGAGCCCCGAUAUCUUGGCACGUUCGAAAUAACUGUUACACGCUGAGACCGCGAGACGUCGAUCGCGCGCAUUUCGAGUGACCUUUGGCCACUUUGGCGAAGGCGGCGAACACACGCACGCGAGGAGGAGAUGCGAGAAGAAGACGUUUCGUGUGUAACUUUGUAUGAAACCGCACGUGUGUCGAGCUUGCCACGCGCGCAUUCAUCAUGUUUAAUGUCCCGUCUUAAUGUUCACUGUUCGUCCACUGUUCGCUCCCCCCGUGCCUGCCUGCGCGUUUUCAACAUAUCCCCGGUCUAGCUGCAGAGAAAAUGGUAUCAGUCCCUGUGUUACGCUACAUAUCCAAGCCAAAGGAUUAUAUAAAUAUGCGCAGUAUACGGUGCGAGUGCACUGCGUUUGAUAAUGAAUCAAUAAAAUAAUACACAAAAUUGCCCGAGUACUCGCGCUCUUCGGGGGGCCCACUCAUCCCGCGCCGCUCGACGGCGACGGCGACGUCGGGGCCGCGACCUGACCGAGAUCGAUCUCGAGAGAGAGAGAGAGAGAGAGAGAGAGGAAUUUCAGGCCGCGGUCUCGAAACGGAGUCGCAAUAUCACGCGCGGUAUCAGCGCAACAAAGUAGCCGUUAAUUUAGUGGGACGCCCGGGGCCGCUACUGUCACGCGUAAUUACCCGCGAAAAUUAAAUGCAAAUCCCCGACGCGCGUAGUCGCCCGCUCCCGUCCCCCCCC